AUGGCCGGCAAGAAACCAGCAAAGAAGACCGUCAAAGGCGGCGCCAAGAAGUCCUCCAAGAAGAAGGUCGAAACCUACAAGAUCUACAUCUACAAGGUCUUGAAGCAAGUGCACCCGGACACCGGCAUCUCCUCCAAGGCGAUGAGCAUCAUGAACUCCUUCAUCAACGACAUCUUCGAAAAGAUCGCGACUGAAGCCGCGAAAUUGGCCCGAUACAACAAGAAGCCGACCGUGACGUCCAGAGAAAUCCAAACGUCCGUUCGAUUGAUCUUGCCGGGUGAAUUGGCCAAGCACGCCGUCUCCGAAGGGACCAAGGCUGUCACCAGUGCGUUUUUUUUUAAAUUCCUUCAACGGGUCGAAAUUUACUCACCUUUCCAAUUCUCUCUUUAUGAUUACUUCUCUCAUCAUCAAAACAACAGAGUUUACCUCCGCGUAAGCGUUCACGGCCUCUUCUCGCUGUUGGUAACAACAACGAGAGCAAAAACAAAUUGA